UUUUAGUUCAGCAAAACCCCAAAUUAACAAAAUUAGGGUUUCUCACUUCACUCUGCUCUGCUUUCUAGAAGGGACCUGGAAAGAAAUCCAUCCAAUUGAAGAGUCUGCAGAACCCAUUUUUGCUCGCUUAUGAUCCCAACAAUUAGAGUAAGAUCCAAUUCUUCUGGGUGCAAGAAUUGUGACGGUAAAGUGUAUACACCACUACUUUUCUUCGGUUUGGUUCAAUGUGUAAAGUUCCCAAGUUAAUUGGAGUUUUAGUGUCGAUUUCUCAUUGCAUUGUUGUAUAAACUGAAAACCCGAAUUUUGUUGCAAAAUCCAAAAGUUGCAAGGUAGAUUUUAUGGAGCACAAGCAUACGUUAAUGGGUACUGCAAGUUUUGAAGGCGAAGGUGUAGGAGCUUGUACUGAGAGUGUGAUGGACAGGUUCAGUAAUCUUCCAAAGGAAUUUGCCCAUCUCAUUCUUUCAUUCAUUAAUAUAAAGAACCUCACUCGUUUCAGCUGUGUGUUGAAAAGAUGCAGAGAGCUUUCCCCGUCACCUCGGUCGUUGAAUUUUUGUGGAUUUUCAUCGGCAGAGAUAGCCACAUGUGAGCUGAGCUUUCCCCGUCAACUCAGUGCUUUAGUCUUUCUUGGGAAGCACCGUGCUUCUGUGCGAAUGAGAAUUUUCGAGUGGUCGCGUGGAUUCAAAAUGGUGUAAUGUUGAAGAGCUUUUUCUUGAUGUAAGUUUACAUGAUUGGGAGGACCGGGUAACAUUUCCCUCAUGCACCUUUCUUUCUGCAUCGUUGAGGUCAUUAAAUGUGGUGCAGCUGAUGAGUAUGUAUAUUAAAACACCCUCGUUUGCCUUUUCCUCUAAUCUCAGUUGAUUGGAGUUGGAAAUAUUGAUGCUAUAGACGAGUCGUUUUUUCAAAUGGAUCUCGUGUUCCUGCAAAUGCAUCAAGGAAUUAUCUCUUAGAGAAAUUAGGGAUACGAAGCAUCACGAUUGAAAGCUCCUCUUUGGAGAGAUUUGAUUUUUUUGAACCCUAUUGGUCUCAAAUCUGUCAUUUCACUGGAACCUGAAGUAGAUGACUUUGAAAACAUGUUUGAGGUUCUUCGUAGUGUACGCACGGUUGAAGUUCUAAGUCUAUAUAUAUGAAUCAACCAUUAAGGUAAAUGGAACCAUCCUCUGGACUCAAUUUUUAUUUGUUGCAAAAACUAGAUAAUCUGCAAUUUGGAAGGACUAAAGUUUAAAUUUUUUUUCCUCGUUUGGGAACAGUAGAAGUAGGUAAUUUAUGUUUCUUACGUAUCAGUGUCAUUAAUCAUUAUGAUCUCGCUAACUAGAAUAAAUAUCAACCUUUAUGUUUGAAGUUUGUGGUUAAAAGAAUGCAGGUAAACUGAGAAAUAUGAUAUAGUUUUUAGCCGUAUAAGAUUGCAGGCUCUGUUCAGGGAAGGAUCCACGCCUGUUCAGUUCAAUAAUCUUUUUGAUUUGGACAUGAGUAUUCGGAGCUUUUCUGAUGAGCUCGUUCCAGCAGUGGUCUAUCUUUUAAGAGGAAUGCCCAAUUUGUGUACUUUAUACAUAGGUGAACAACCAAGGCUUAGUGAUCCUGAAUCUGAUGCAUCUGGGUUUGAUAUGGAAUACUGGAAGCUACAAAAUCUGGACUUUAUUCAUCACAUUGAGGAGGUUACCGUAGAUCUUUUCGAUGGGUCUAAUGGGAUUGAGUUUGCAAGGUAUAUAAUCGAGAAUGCCAAGAACCUAGAACAAAUGGUCAUAAGUCAUUUACCCGAGCAAUAUGAUGUUAGACAGAAGCUAAUUGAAGUAAGAUGAUGAUGCCUUGACAGUGUAAGAUCUUUAUACUAAGGUUCUGAUAUUCGAGAUUCAAUGUUCGAGAUUUCAGUGUUUGAGAUUCAACAUGUUUACUGAGAAAUAAAUUUUGUUGCUGACACUUGCUGUAUUUAGUUUUGUAACUCUCCCAAGGUUGUAUUGCUCAAGUUAUCGUUUGAUAAUGAACAGUUAGGACUCUCUAAGGGAGGCACUUUGUAAGUUUUUA